GGGUGGAAGGAGGAAAAAGCCUCCAGCCUCCUCGGGCAGCCGGGCUGGAGCAGGGGCCGGCCUCCCCGUCCAGAUCGCUCGGCGAAGCUUUUGCUCCAUGCAAUGCGCCGCCUCUCUUAGCGCGAUGCAGCGGGCCGGAGGAGGAGGAGCGGCGGCGGCGCCAGCGGAGCCUGGAGGAGGCGGAGGCGAGGCGGUAGCAGCGGCGGCGGCCUCGUACCGGGUGCUGAGCCGCUUGCUGGGCUACGGCGGGGCUGAGUCCGCCGCCGUCGGCUUGGCGCUCGGAGGAGCCGUCGUGGAACCCGGGGAUCGGGGAAGGGCCGGCGGGCUGCGGGGCUCCCAGCUGCUGGUCUUCCGGCCCGGCGAAGCUGGGGAGCCGUCGGGGGGUGCCCCGGCUUCUUGCCUGCCCCCGCCUCCUCCUCCGCCUCAACCGCCUGCGGAGCUGCUGUGCGCCCGGCACCGGUGCGCUCUCCUGGACGCCCCGAAAGGCGAGCCUGGAGGGGGCCGCUGCUGGAGCGGAGCGGCUGGCGGCCUCUUGUUCCCUCCGGGGGCCGGCCUGGAGCUGCAGCUGGCUGCCUUGGGGCUGCAUCAGGCGCCCCCGACGGCUCCGGGAGGGCCGGGCAAGGCUGCCGGCGACUGCCCGUGCCUGAGUCUCCUGCCUCCGCCGCCUCUAGCCCCGCCGCCCGCUCUGCCCUUGUUGCCCCCGGGGGAGGAGACCAGCGACGCCCUGCUGGUGCUAGAAGCCCUUGGCCCGGACGAGGAGGACGAAGAGGAAGAGACGGGGCAGCAGGGAGAUGCCUCCUGCCAAGCCCCCAGCUCGUCCGCCCCGUCGAGGAAAGGCUCCUUCAAGAUCCGUCUGAGCCGAUUGUUUCGCACCAAAAGCUGCAGUGGACCGUCCUGCAACGCAGCAGCCGGCUCGGGCGCCCGUCGGGCUGGAGACAAGGAGUUCCUGCCAGCCGCUGCCUCCCCAACCAACGCCACAGCUGGCACGGCCGGGAGUCUCCCCGACGUGUCCCAGCCUGGGGGUCGGGAGCAAGACUCGGGCAGAAAACCGAGAUUGAUGCGAACGCAAAGUGCCUUUUCUCCGGUUGUGUUUGGACCCCUCUUCACGGGUGAGACGGUGUCACUGGUGGAUGUGGACAUCUCUCAGCAUGGUCUAACGUCCCCACACCCACCCACGCCGCCGCCACCUCCACGGCGAAGCCUCAGCCUUUUGGACGAUAUCAGUGGGACACUACCUUCGCCUGUUUUGGUGGGUCCGAUGGGGUCAUCGUCCCUCCAGUCUUUUCCUCUUCCGCCACCACCUCCACCACACGCUCCCGAUGCGUUUCCCCGGAUCAUCCCGAUCCGAGCGCCCGAAGCCGUGCACUGCCAACCCGCACAGCACCUUCAGUGCCCACUCUACCGGCCUGACUCGAGUAGUUUUGCAGCUAGCUUACGAGAGCUGGAAAAAUGUGGGUGGUACUGGGGACCCAUGAACUGGGAGGACGCCGAAAUGAAGCUCAAAGGGAAACCCGAUGGGUCCUUCCUGGUUCGCGACAGCUCUGAUCCUCGGUACAUUCUGAGCCUCAGCUUUCGAUCGCAGGGUAUCACCCAUCACACCAGGAUGGAGCACUACAGAGGAACCUUCAGUCUUUGGUGCCACCCCAAGUUUGAAGACCGCUGCCAGUCUGUGGUGGAGUUCAUCAAACGGGCCAUCAUGCACUCUAAGAACGGGAAGUUUCUCUACUUCUUGCGCUCCCGGGUUCCAGGUCUCCCUCCAACUCCCGUCCAGCUCCUCUAUCCAGUCUCUAGGUUCAGCAAUGUGAAAUCGCUGCAGCACCUCUGUCGUUUCCGGAUAAGGCAGCUGGUCCGUAUCGACCACAUUCCAGAACUUCCGCUCCCAAAGCCUCUGAUCUCUUACAUCCGCAAGUUCUACUACUACGAUCCCCAAGAAGAGGUGUAUCUUUCGCUGAAGGAGGCGCAGCUCGUUUCCAAACAGAAGCAAGAACUGGAGUCUUUGACGUAGCGAGGGGCCCCAUCCACCUUGCUGCUGGCACCAAUGAACUAGGAAUUCGGUCACCGACGUCCUGCCGUAAUGGAAGCUGCGCUGCAAAGCAGUCCUGACGUUUUGCUUUCAGGCUGUCUCUGGGCCUCCAGAGACGGUGAGUGAAGCCGGGCCUCAAAAACAGCUGUGCGCAGAAGAGCGGGAGCCUCGAUACCCUUCCCAUCCCAUCCCUCCAUUGGGUUCCAUAAGGAUGUUGGAAUCCGAUGAAACUGGAUUACAGAAGCUCUUGCAAGGACGGAGAAUGUCACAAUAUUUUUCUUGCUAAAUUUCUAUUUUUUUGGUGCUUCUCUCUUCCCCCCUCCCCUUUUCUCACCCGGCAUGGGAAUAGUGAGCCAAUUUUACAUUUUUUUGUUAACUUGUUGGUAUUUUGAGGGUUAUGGGUGGGGAGGGAUGGGACGGGACGGGGGCCCACAGACUCAGACUUCAAAACUGCAUUUUCUGGUCUGGUCGUUCUGUUUGAAUGGAGCGCUGCGUUUGGAAGGGAAAGUUUGAACCCAGUGCUGGUUUGGGUGGUGUUGAACUGCUGUCUCGGUAGGGAGAGACAGGAUCGGGGCAGUGAGGUGGCCGGGGUGCUCUGGUUUCCCGCCCUCUCAAAGGAGAAAGGGCAGUCUUGUGCAAGAAUCUUAAGCCCGGAAAAACAGUGGAGCGCAUCACAGGAUUUCACGCCUGCUGAGAAUUGCUGGUCCUGUUGUCUGAACCAAGUCAGGCUGUAGAACAUGGCUGCCUUCAUCAGAAUGGAAAAGUGGGGCCCUCGUGGGCCUCCUGGAGCUUUUUUCUCAUUGCUGUUGCCGUAAAACUUUUGAACAACAGAUUUCUCUCUGCCUCGUCCUCCAGCUGUUAUAAAACCAGAAACUCGUCAAAGCAGUCUAUUGCCAAGGUGUUGGGAGCCAGAAAGGCAGAAGCAAAAGAAGAAGAAAAGAAAUGCACAUGGACAUCUGAAAAGUUAUCCUUGGUGUUGCAAAGCCUUGACCUCUUCUUCCCUUUGCCUCCUCCAGCCCUGUGGACAAAAUGACCUACUGAACAAGCCAGGUUGAAGACGUGCUGCCCCAAAGGAAAGCGCCUCUUUGACCUUUUUGUGUGUUGAAAGCCAGUUGAUGAAAGCACCUUAGUCCAAUCCCAGUUGGGAGAAUGGGAAAGAAGUUGGGGGAGCAGUUGUUCCCGAAUCUCCCCCUGCAAAAAAAAAAAAAAAAACCCUCUGUAAGAUAGAUCUUCUGGCCUUAAUGGGAAAUCUGUUAAAUAUAGUGUGUUGGCUGCAAAGGCAAGAUCGAGAGUGUCUGUUUCUGGUCAUAACCAGAGGGUGAGAUGGAACCCAAUGGGAAAUCCCUCGUGGUCCAGAAGUGAUUGUGAUAUCCAAGAGGUACCACUCAACCGGUGUGCUGAAAUCUGCACCCCACCCCCCUUCCUCCAGCUGACAGUGCAUUAGCAUAAGUUCUUGGUGACUUUUUUUUUUAAAGAAAGCUGUGAUUUAUAUUUUUAUUUAUUUAUUUUUGGAGGGUUAAAGCUUGUUCCUCAUUGGUGUGACCAAACUGGGCUUCAAGCCCUCCGCUUCAAAGGACCGUAUUUUGUACACUGGAUAUAGCAAACCAUGAGGUUUCAUAGUCAUAGAGGCUAUGGGAAUUCCUAAAGACGUAUGGUCAUGAGAAGAAUUUACCGAGUAAGCCUGCUGAAGUUAAAUCUCAGAAGGGGAUGGACGCAAUUCCCUUCUGUUUUCAAGUUUUUCUGUGGACUUUGUGGUUCAUCCUUGGUGUGUUUCAAAAAUUCCAAAAUUUAGUUCUGCUAGCUGUUGCUAGGCACUUUCUCCCCGGUGCCACCAUGCAAACGAGUGCAUGCACACCUAGACAAAACCAACCACAUCUUUCUGUUCCAAAACAUUUGCUUCUAAAAUUUCUAUUACCUGCCAAGGCAUCAACACUCCCUUUUACCUCAACGACUACUGUCUUCUGUUGCCCACCUCUUGUACAUUUUGGGGUUUGGUUUGUGAAAUAAGUCCUUUGAAAAAAUAUAUAAUAAGCUUGUUUGAGUGGAGUCCUACAUGAUUUCACCACAGUUCCCAUGAUGUUUGGUGUGUGUUAGGGGGACAGCUCUGACAGCAUGGUGGUUUUUAGGACGUGUUCUAACAUGCUGCAGGGAGGAGACAUGGCCCAUCCCUCCAACACCUCCCCCCCAUCCCCCCCCCCAUUCAUUUGGGUUGUCUCGGAAGUUGUGUCUCAGAGUGGAAGGAAAUGGUGGGCACCUGAACUUGAAGCCAAAGAAGCUCUGAACUGGAUGUGGAAUCCUAAAUACAGCGGGAGCACAUUGCAGUAUGCACAUUGCGGUACCUAAUACUACCCUGGGAAGACAAUCCGCUGUGUUCCCAUGUUCUCAAAACUUCUGACCCAGGUGCAAGGAAGGCUAUGAAGGCUGUGUAAACAAUGAAGGUUAGAGAACAACCUUGAGGCGAUGUACGGAAAAUAGAUGCACGUUUCUUUUUUUAAAAAUCCCAGUUCAUUGUCUCUUCCUUCUUCGCAGCGUUUAAAAUGACAACCUUCCCAGUUCAUGGCAGAUUUGAAGGUGUCCCCCCCCCCAUAUCUCUUUCCUGUUUCAAAUAAAAGAUGAGACUCAGAAGUCCCCCAUUCCUAAAACCUGAUCUCUCUCCUCCCCCCCCUUAAAAUGUGGUUCAAACACGCACAAACCAUGCCUUAGGGCUGGUGCCUGAUUGCCCGCCACUGGCCUCCUAACUGGUUGAAUUCCUUGUCGGGACUCUUCUCAAAUCCUUUUGACUCCACGACUGACCGAGGAGCAAAAUCUGAUCACAUGUAAAUAACUCGCAGGGAGCCUCACGGCUUCAGGUGGCUGCUUUUUGCAACCAUGUUAGCUCUGUUGUGAUGGGUUUCCUUUCUGCCUUUUUGUUUUCGAACUUCUUUUUUGUGAGGCUGUCUGGCCGGAGUUCGUUUUGAAGCGUGUGAGUGGUUACAGAUGAAGAUUGUGCAUGGAGAAUUUCUGCACCUGUUGUCUGCCUGUGAUCAAACUUCUUAGUUUUUGUCUCCUUUGUUUCUGAUGUAUCUCUUUCUGUUCUUUAGUAAUAAAAAAGAAAGUUGUGAGCUU